AUGAAAGACGCGUACAGCCUUCUUCAAUUCAGAUCUACGAUUUGGAACGAUACCUACAUGUCGCUCCGAAAUUGGUACCUAAGCUUUUCUGGGGACGCUUGCUCUUGGAAAGGCGUCUCAUGCUCAGCCAGCCGCCGAGUGAGUGCUUUGAAUUUGGCCGGGCUUACUCUCUAUGGCGCGAUUACACCUAGCAUCACCGAUCUGACGGAGCUUACAGUACUUGAUCUCUCAAAUAAUUCCUUCAUGGGGGGAAUUCCCACGCAAAUUUCAAGGUGUAAGGAGCUCACUGAAUUCAACGUGGCUUACAAUCUGCUUACAGCGGAUGUUCCAUUAGAGCUUGGAUUUCUUACAAAGCUCAAAGUUCUUCGCAUCAACGACAACAAUCUCUAUGGUAUCUUGCCUCCCACAUUUUCAAACCUGACGCAUUUGGCUCACCUCUCUGUUGCUGGCAACAUGUUGUCUGGAUAUCCUUUUGAGACCAUAUCGAUUCUAAAAAAUCUUGAGUUCUUGGACUUGAGCUCUAACAAAUUCAAAGGCUCUGUCCUCAAUCAAACAGUGGUGAAUUGGCCAAAACUGGCAAAGUUCAUUGCUAGAGCAAACAAUUUUGAUAACGUUCUGCCAGCAACAUUGGGAAAUCUCGUCGCACUCCAGGAGCUGGAUAUCAGUCAGAAUAGCAUACAGGGUACAAUUCCUGAUAAAAUAAACAAAUGUGGAAACUUGGUGAUUAUGAAUCUCAGCUGCAACGCUUUAUCCGGUGCCAUCCCAAGUGCUGUUGGUGAGAUUCCAACGCUUAGCGUUUUGGAUUUGAGGGCUAACUCGUUCAAUUCGGGUUUGCCUACUGGCAUUAAUGGAUAUAACAAUCUGGUGCGUCUUCAGGUCUCGAGAAACAAUUUUCUGGCCAUUCCCGACGAUCUUGCUACCCUUCCUAAUAUUCUUGACGUAGACAUAUCUCAGAAUCACCUAGAAGGCGUCAUCCCCUCUACACUUGGAACUAUGACCAGGGUUCUCAGCCUCAACUUUUCGUACAACAACCUAUCUAGUAACAUCCCUCCACAGAUAGGUGAUUGCGCAAGAUUGAGUGUUUUAGACCUGUCUCACAAUCUUUUAAAGGAGAUUAUACCCUAUACUAUCAUAAAAAUGCGAAGCCUGGAAUGCUUAAAUCUCUCAGAGAAUCAUCUUAGUGGAAGGCUACCGGAAGAGUUUGGGUAUCUCAGUGAGCUAACCGAGCUCGAUGUCUCUGGAAACGCAAUCGGGGGAACAAUUCCUGCAGCAAUUGGUACUUUACCCAGGCUGACAUUUCUAGACCUUGCAUUUAACAAACUCUCGGGAAUUAUACCGACAAAUCUCAACUUUCCUGCGUCAUCAUUUGUAGGGAAUGCGGAUUUGUGUGGGCCUAUUCUUAACAAGUCAUGUACUACAUAUGUUGGUCGAACUGUCGCUCCUGGAGGUAUGAUGGUUUCAGCGGCAGGGUUGGUCCUCACUAUGACUGUCAUAAUGAUUUUGACGUGGUGGUUUUGUUGCCGUGACGAGACUGACGAGCUGAACAGCAGUUUUCCAGCGGGUGUACUUCGCAGGCUGACUUCCGAGGCACUCCAGAGGGCCACAGAGGAUUUUAGCAGUAUUAACUAUAUCGGCUCUUCAGCAUUAUGCACCGUCUAUAAGGCUGAACUUUCGGACGGCUUGGAAGUUGCUGUUAAAGUACUUAGCCCUGAGUAUUACGGAAGCAAUCGUAGGAGUUUCUCUAUGGAGGCCAAGAUGUUCGCCAAAGUCUUGCACCCAAACAUAGUAAAGGUUGUUGGCUGUUGCAACAGUGUGAAUAUGGUGGCUUUGGUUUCAGAAUUGAUGCCAAAUGGAAGCCUUGAGAAGCAUCUAUACGCAGGAGAAGUGUGUGAUUUGACUUGGAUACAGAGGCUGGAUAUUAUUUUGGGAAUCGCAGAAGCUGUUGCUUAUAUGCAUCACGAAUGGGAGUCUCUUCUGUGGUGCGAUUUUAGAACAAGAAGCAUCCUACUUGAUGCACUCUUCAAACCUCAUAUAAGCAACUACAGGAUUGCUGGUAAUCCUUCUUCAGAGGAAAACUUGCCGCCAGGUGAAGUUUUAAGCCAUUUUUAA